AUGUCGUUCGUCGACGACGGCAAGUCGCAGCUCGACACUAUGCUGCCCAGUUACUCAUCGACAGCCGCCCCUCCAGCUCCUGCUGCUGCUCGUAAGCCUCGCACGCCUCUCAGCUUGCGAUCCUCCUUUCUAUCUCUGAUUGGACUCGUCACGCUCGUGUACUACCUUGGCGCGCUCACCGCCUUGAGCGGCACGCAACACCAUGUUUACCAGCCUUCCGCGCAUCCGCAUAUCCAGAAUAUCUUUGCGGCAUCGUUGGCCAAGUGCGACGCCAUCAAAGCUCCAGCUGGCCCUCCUGCCGAAUUCCACAAGAGGACCCGCUCUGAACGAGCUGAAGCUGGUCUUCAGGAUGUUGUCAUUCACAAUGCAACUCUCUGGACUGGUAAGGAUGGCGGCAACGAGGUGCUGCACGAACGCGACGUCCUGCUCUCGCAAGGUAUCAUCAAGAGCGUCGCCCACACCAAGGACAACAAGUUCCUCUCGCACGCUGGCGGGGCAGACAAGUUCAAGGUGAUCGACGCUGCAGGCCGUUGGGUGACUCCAGGUCUCGUCGACAUGCAUGUCCAUCUCGCCGUCGGAGCGGUCCCCUCCUUGCCUGGCCAGGAAGACACCAACAGUAUUGGCAAGAAUAUCAACCCGUACCUCCGAACCAUCGACGGCAUGAACCAACAUGAUGUCUCAUUCCGCAAGUCACUCGCUGGCGGUAUCACCACCGGUCUUGUUCUUCCUGGUUCCGCCAACUCGAUGGGCGGUCAAGCAUUCCCCAUCAAGUACCGCCAGCCCUUGUCGCACUCGCCUCAAGACCGACUCAUUGAACCACCAACUUCGCUUGUCAAGCUCGGUCAAGGAAAGGGUGCCGAUAAGCACUUUGCUGACCAUCACGGUAUCGAGACCGGACUUCAGCGAAAUGACAGCAGCUCGAGCUGGAGGUACAUGAAGAUGGCUUGUGGUGAGAACGCUCGUCGUGUCUACAAGAUCACUCGCUUUGACGAGGCUUGGGAUUUCCGUCGUACCUUCAGCGCUGCUCGUGACCUCAAGAACAAGCAGGACGCCUUCUGUGACUCUGCCAAGUCUUUCUCUUCUCUUCAUGGCGCUUCUGCUGCUCCUUCCACUCUAGCCGACGCCGAGUUCCCAGACGACCUUGAGCUGGAAGCCCUCGUCGCCCUUCUGCGGGGCAAGGUCAAACUCAACACGCACUGCUACACCCAAGUCGACUUUGAAACUUUUGUUCGUCACUCAAACGAAUUCCAGUUCCCCGUUGCAGCCUUCCACCACGCUCACGAAUCCUAUCUUGUACCUGACCUACUCAAGCAGACAUACGGCAACGUCACUCCUGCCAUCGCCAUCUUCAGCACCAACGCCAACUACAAGCUUGAAGCCUACUUUGGCACUCCCUUCGCUGGUCCCAUUCUCGCUUCCCACAACAUUACUCCGAUCUACAAGAGUGACCACCCUGUAACGGACUCGAGGCGUAUUCUCAACCAGGCAGCUCAGGCCCACCACUUUGGUUUGGGAGAGACAGACGCUCUCCGCAGUGUCAUCUCAGCUCCAGCCGAGAGAUUGGGUCUGGACCAUCGUCUGGGAUACAUCAAGAAGGGGUGGGAUGCCGAUCUGGUUGUGUGGAACACGCACCCGCUCAGGAUUGGUGCUACGCCUGUCGAAGUUGUGAUUGACGGUGUGCCCCAGCUUGGUGCGCAUGCUCCUGUUCCCGCUCCCACCUUGCCUCACCAGGGCGAUGCUUCUGCGGAGAGCAAGAAGUGGGUCACUGCUCCUGCUGCACCAAAGACAGGCAACUUCAGUGUCGAGAUUGACGCUGUGAAGAAGUCUUAUGACGAGAUCAUCCGCUUCGAAAAGCUUGCGUUCCCGAGUGCUAAGACACCAACACCCAACUGCACCGUCUUCACCAAUGUCAGCCAGCACUUUGUCCGCGCAAGCAACGGCAAGACCCGCAUCUCGUCCACUUCCUUUGACCCUACUACUGGCGGCCGCAUUGUUGUCUCCGGCGGCAAGGUUCUCUGCAGUGGAGAGGCUUGCGAUGCCUCUUCCUGCCCCUCUUCAGGUGCUGUUCACGUCGUCGACGCGCAAGGAGGUGUCGUCCUGCCUGGAAUCACCUCUUACGGCUCGAACCUCGGUCUUACCGACAUGGUAUCCGAAGCUGAAGCCUCGGACGGAUACACGCUCGACCCGGUCGGCUCGGGCAACGCCAUUGCUCAAACCUCAAAGUACCUCCGGGCUUGGCCCACCGCACGUGCUGUCGAUGGCUUGCAGUGGGGAGGUCACGAUCUUGUCCGGGCGCGCGCAUCAGGUGUCACAAAAGCAAUCGUCUUCCCUCAGGGUGAUACAUUCUUCUCUGGUGUUUCGGUCAAGUUCGACACAGGUGCCAAGAACGUUCUUGAUACUGGCGCUGUCGAGGUGGAAGAAGUGGCUGCUCACGUCACUUUGACUCAUAAUGGCGGUGGCGGACCUUCGAUCUCGGAACAAAUUGGGCUGCUUCGAAAGUUGCUCACUACUGGUAAGGAUGCCGACGCCAAGACCACUGCUGGAACCAUUGAUGUCUGGCGUAGAGUAGCUGCGGGAGAACUUGCUCUCGUCGUCACCGCUCUGCGAGCAGACCACAUCACCCAGGUUCUCCGUCUUGUCGACUCUUUCCCCUCGGUCAAGCUCGCUAUCUCUGGCGCUGCCGAAGGCCAUCUCGUCGCUGACGAACUCGCCAAACGUAACGUUGGAGUUCUUCUGAUUCCUCAAACUUGGCCUCGAACUUUCGACGAGCUGCGGGGUUUGAGCGGUCCUCCUCUUACGCGUGAGACGACGCUUUCUAGCCUGCUCAAGGCUGGCGUGAAGGUGGGUCUGAAGAUCGAAGAAGGGUGGAUGGCAGCGAACUUGCUCUGGGACGCCACUAGGGCUGCGUUGGAGACGAAUGGACUGGUGGGUAAGCACCAGAUCGUGGAGUUGGUCUCGAGUGGGAUUGAUGAUGUACUUCAGAUCAAGAGAGAUGGGGAGAAGGAGGAAGAGGGAGAAGAGGAGUUUGUGGUUUACGAUAGGGAUCCGUUUGAGUACGGAGCUAAAGUUCUUGCUGUACACUCGCAGCGUGGAGUUGAGGUCGUUUCUGUUUAG